CAAAACCCAGACAAACAAAGCGCCCCUUCUUUGAACUUGAAACAAAAAAACCUUCUCGGUUUCUCCGGUCAAAACUGUGUAGACUUCUGUAUAUCACUCGAGCUGUCUCUCUCCUGUUCGAUUCCUACAAUUCUUGUCACCACCGAAGCCUGAAAAACUAUUUGUCUUCUCAUUACAACGCAACUCAGAAUCGAUACACAUUGAUUGCUUAGUUUGAUGGAAGCUAUCUGCUAUUCGAUCGCGCCUAAAGUUACUCCUACUCCUUUGAAGAAUGACUUUCUUCGCCGGAAUGCAUUCACUCCCGUAAUCCUUCGAUCCAAUGGUUGUUAUUCGACUAGAAUAUGUAAGAGAAGCCGCGUUUCCGCUAAGGUUCAGCACAGUAGGGAACUCGAUUUCAACAAGCCUGAUUGGAAGUUGAAAUUCCAGAGAGAUUUCGAGGAUCGGUUUAAUCUUCCUCAUAUAACCGAUAUUUUCAAAGAUGCUAAGCCAAUUCCUUCGACGUUUUGUCUCCGGAUGAGGACUCCAGUUAAUGAAGAUUUUGCAGAUGGUUAUCCAUCUGAUGAAAAGUGGCACGGGUACAUAAAUAACAAUGAUAGGGUGCUUCUAAAGGUUAUAAAUUACUCGUCGCCCAACUCUGCUGGAGCUGAGUGCAUUGAUCCUGAUUGCAGCUGGGUUGAACAAUGGGUUCAUCGUGCUGGGCCUCGAGAGGAAAUAUACUUCAAACCAGAAGAAGUAAAAGCAGCAAUAGUUACUUGCGGUGGACUAUGCCCUGGUCUCAAUGAUGUCAUCAGACAUAUUGUCAUCACUCUUGAAAUAUAUGGUGUGAAAAAUAUAGUGGGGAUUCCGUUUGGUUAUCGUGGAUUUUGCAGUGAGGAUUUGACUCCUAUGCCGCUAUCUCGGAAAGUGGUCCAAAAUAUUCAUCUUUCUGGUGGGAGCUUGUUAGGAGUUUCACGUGGUGGACCUAGCGUCAGUGAAAUUGUUGACAGUAUGGAGGAAAAUGGAAUUAAUAUGCUCUUUGUGUUGGGCGGAAAUGGUACUCAUGCUGGAGCCAACGCAAUACAUAAUGAGUGCCGUAAAAGGAGGAUGAAGGUCACUGUUGUUGGUGUGCCAAAAACCAUCGACAAUGAUAUUUUGCUGAUGGAUAAAACUUUUGGCUUUGACACUGCUGUUGAGGAAGCACAACGAGCAAUAAAUUCUGCAUACAUUGAGGCACAUAGCGCUUAUCAUGGUAUUGGAGUUGUGAAAUUGAUGGGUCGUAGCAGUGGAUUUAUAGCCAUGCAUGCAGCCCUUGCAAGUGGACAAAUUGACAUAUGUUUGAUCCCAGAGGUACCUUCCAGUUUACAUGGACCUCAUGGUGUUUUGAGGCAUUUGAAAUACCUAAUUGACACAAAGGGAUCAGCUGUGGUAUGUGUGGCAGAGGGAGCUGGACAGAAUUUAAUUGAGAAAACUAAUGCUACAGAUGCAUCUGGAAACAUAGUACUUGGAGAUAUUGGUGUACACAUCCAGCAAGAGAUAAAGAAAUAUUUUAAGGGGCUUGGUGUUCCUGCUGAUGUGAAGUAUAUUGAUCCUACAUACAUGAUCCGUGCAUGCCGUGCAAAUGCGUCAGAUGGAAUUCUAUGCACUGUUCUAGGACAAAAUGCUGUUCAUGGUGCAUUUGCCGGGUUUAGUGGCAUUACAGUUGGCAUAUGCAACACUCACUAUGCCUACCUUCCUAUUCCUGAAGUUAUUUCUUACCCUAGAGCUGUGGACCCUAAUAGUCGCAUGUGGCAUCGUUGCUUGACUUCAACUGGUCAACCCGACUUCGUCUAAUUAUCAAGGGUUCUAAUUUAUGCCUAGUAUUUCAUUGAGUUCCAAGUGAGGAAAUAAAGUUAGGUCAUAGCUUAGGUGACCCUUCGUAGGCUGUAAACAAAUAAUACAAAGGAUGAUAUUGUCACGAAAUCACAGAAUUUUCAAGUGUAUAGCAUUUCUGCACAGGUUUUCGGAGGUGCAUUGCAAUAAAAUUUCACAGGAAUUGCCUGAUUAUUUUGGGCAUGAUUCUGUUGCUUCAUGUAACAUUUUGUAUUUAUGAAUGAUGUCUAGCUGUUCAUGAAAUUGUUGAACAAGCCAAAUAUGGAGAAUGGCCUCAUUCAAACAUAGAACUCAGUUUUUAUGAAAAUAAUUGUUGUAUUGA